ACCCUCAAAAAUUGAAAGGAACCCUAGGUCUUUUCUUCUUAACCCGCAAGGCUAAAACGCAAAAAGGGGGGGGGGGGGAAUAUUAAUAAAAAAGGGCCCUUUCCCUCUUCAAAGAAAGUUUACUUCCGUUUUAUCUAUCUUCUGCAAACCAUUUAGUUUAAUUGAUGAUUCUCUUGAAACUUUGUCAAUUCCUUUGUUUAAUUUACUACAUACCUUUUUGGUGGAAGAGAAAGUAAAAAAGCAAGCCAAAGUACUGUCUUGUUUUUCAGAUCAGAGCUUUAAAGACAACAUGGCUUCCUUCUUAAAUGAGUGAGUAGUGAAGUAAGCAAAAAAUCUCUUCUCUGAAAGAAAAAAAGAAGAAAAAACUCCAUAUCUGGUCUGUCUUUUGUCUCAUGGAUUCUGGUAACAGUGGUAGUGUGCAAUCUCCGAGUGGUGGCAGUGAAGAGUUUAAUUCAGGCGCUAACUCAAUCUCAGCUUUCUUUAACAAUAACCCAUCGAGCCAUAUCGGUCAUGCUCCCUUGGGUAACCAACAAUCGCCGCCGCUUCUGCAACAGCAACACCAAAGUCCUUCUUCCUCAUCUGUGUUGUUUGACCCUUUAUCGAACUACUUCGAUCAUCCCUUAUCAAGUGUGACAAACCCAAAUUCACAACUCAAUCUUGAUGUGGUUUGGUCCAGAAAUCCAAGAUCUGAGCCCAACUGCAGUGAUCUUGUUGGUGGCUUUAUGGCCUCAUCAUCGCCACCACCAACCCAACAGUUGUUCACCAACCUGCAAGCACAAAGCAGAGCCACUUUUCCUUCUAUCCAGAUCCCUCAAGGACCUGAAAGUGGUACAAAAGGUUCAGGCACAAGUGGCCAACCCAACAACAACAAUAUAGUGCGUAACUCAAAGAAGAGAUCCAGAGCUUCCCGGCGUGCACCAACCACUGUUUUGACCACAGACACCACCAAUUUCCGAGCCAUGGUUCAGGAGUUUACUGGGAUCCCUGCACCACCCUUCACCCCCUCACCUUUCCCGAGAACCAGGCUUGAUUUAUUUGGUACAACUUCAUCUCCUAAUUAUCUUUUAAGACCAUUUGCUCAGAAACUUAAUUAUCCUCCUCCCUUAUUUACUAGCUCUUCCAUGGUUGAUGCUAUAGCUUCUACACCUAGCACUAAUUCUACUUCUAGUACAACUUCUGUUAACUACCAACUGCCAUCUGAGUUAGGCCUUUUAAAACAGCCUCAAAAUCCACUCAACAUCAACAUGCAACAAAACCCAAUUCUUAACUUUGUAUCACUCCUUCAAGCCCCUCCCAAAUACCCACUUUCCAAUUCAACAGAUAUUCCAUCAAAUGUCUCUCCUCUCAAAAUGGGCGCUUUUGAAGGGUUUGGUUUGAGCCAGGGGCAUGUCAAUCCCAAUCUCAGCGGCGUUCAAAACAUGGUAUCAUCAUCAGAUGGAUCAUUGCCAAGAAAUGAAAAUAGUGCUAAUCCUCCAUGCUGGGGAGAAGCAGCAGGGUCCCGUGAACAUGAUCAAAGUCUCCUAAGGUCCAUCAAUGGCAGGUACAACAACAGUAACACACCAGGACUUACGAAUGGGAAAGCAAACAAUUUGUCGGUGUCUUCAUCGGAUUUUCAUGUCGAUAAAGGGCCAGAAAAUGUAGCUACAAGAAGUGACGGUAUGGUGGAAUCAUGGAUAUGUUCAUCUGAUUAGGAUUUAUCUAAAAUAUUAUCAACAAAAUGAUAAACUUUUCCACAAAGAAUAUCAAGGAAAUGAUGGUGAAUAUAUCACAUGAUGCAUGAAAAAGAUGGAAUCUUUCUUGUUCUCAUAUUAACCAUGAUUUUCAACAUAUAUGUGAAUCAAAACACUGUUUUUUUAUCCCUUAUUUAAACCCCUCCUUUUGAUUUAAUUAUAUGUAAA